CGAGAGAGAGAGACAUUUGUCUCUGACGCGCUUUCUCCGUCGAAGAUUCCUUCUUUGAUCGAUCAAAGAGAGAAGAGAAUCUCUGUGAGAUAUACACAAAGGACAGAGACAAAUCCUUUUGAUCUCCAAAACAGAGAAUAAUUCUCUUCAUACACAGAGACACAGAGAUGCAAACCAUCUCCAAAGCUUCUUCUGCUAUCUCCUUCUUUCGAUGUUCCAGGAAGCUAACAAGUGAGCCAUGUGUGAGGCAGCUUCACAUCCGAAAGGGUCUCGUCUGCAGAGUCAUGAAGCUUGUCUCUUCACCUCUUAGGACUCUCCGCGGUGCUGGCAAAUCUAUUCGAGUCUCCAGUUUCUGCAGUGUCUCCUCCAAUCCCUCCUCUUUGCAAAUUGAGAUGGUGCCUUGUCUUAAGGAUAACUACGCUUACAUUUUGCAUGAUGAGGAUACUGGCACAGUUGGGGUGGUUGACCCUUCUGAAGCUGAACCUGUGAUAGAUUCUUUGCAGAGGAGUGGUCGUAACCUAACGUAUAUAUUGAAUACGCAUCAUCAUUAUGAUCAUACUGGUGGGAAUCUGGAAUUGAAAGACAGGUACGGUGCAAAGGUGAUUGGGUCAGCUUUAGAUAGAGAUCGGAUACCUGGAAUUGAUAUAGCCUUGAAGGAUGGUGAGAAGUGGAUGUUUGCUGGUCAUGAAGUCCAUGUUAUGGAUACUCCUGGCCACACUAAAGGCCAUAUCAGUUUAUACUUUCCAGGAUCAAGAGCUAUCUUCUCUGGGGACACCUUGUUUAGCUUAUCAUGUGGUAAACUCUUUGAAGGUACCCCUAAGCAGAUGCUUGCUUCUCUCAAAAAGAUCAUUGCUUUACCAGACGACACAAGCAUAUACUGUGGUCAUGAAUACACACUGAGUAACUCCAAGUUUGCAUUGUCUAUAGAGCCAAACAACGAAGUACUUCAGUCUUAUGCAGCUCAUGUUGCAGAGCUCCGUAAAAAGAAAUUACCUACGAUUCCAACAACACUGAAGAUGGAGAAAGCUUGUAACCCAUUCCUUCGCAGUUCGAAUACAGAUAUUCGUCGGGCUUUAGGUAUUUCAGAGACUGCAGAUGAAGCAGAAGCUUUGGCUAUUAUCCGAGAAGCAAAGGAUAAUUUCAAAGCUUAGGCUUUUUUCUUCUGAGGCAAUUCUUUGGUUUGCAUCUGUUUCCUCCGACAAAAACAAAAAGACAGAAAGAGAGAGAGAGAGAGAGAGACAGAGAGAGAUAUGUUUACUUUUGAUGUAAAACAUCUAAUGUUGGUACUCAUUAACACUGCAAUUAGGUUUUGGUUGAUGAUUUUUCAACAAAAAAUAUUUACCUUUUUA